AAGUUUCUCUCGAAACUUGCCCCUCGGAGCAGUGACUGACUGAGGCAAUCAUGUUGAAAGCGACGAAGUGCUUUGCUUUGUGCUCAUUGAUUUACUUGGGGGCAUCGGCGUUUAUUCCACAUGCUAUUCUUCAUCAGGAAAAUAGGCCCAUUUACUUGUCAGCGUUCCUACACACCAAUGGACAGCAGUCCGAUACGCGGCGGUCGCUGACCAUUGGAUCCGCUGCUACCAUAUUGGCUUCCUGGGGAAUUCCAUUCAGCGCCCAUGCCAACACUGGUGCUGAAAUCCGAGGCACUGAAAUUACCCCAUUCAAUGGACUUGCCUUUCAGUACCGAGGGAGCGAUUUUGGUGGGCUCAAAGCAGAAGAUUUGAACGAGCCAUCGGUUCCUUAUAGUGACUUCGUCCAACGAUUGAAGGCCGGGGAAGUAGAAUUUGUGGAGUUCAUGGCGCCGAGUGGUGACGCUGCUUACGUAACGUUCAAAGGCAAACCACCGAUUCGGAUUGGAGAGGGAUAUCCGAUUGAACAGCCCAACGGUUGGAGUAGUCCUGCAUUUGCCGUCCGAACUGUAAAAGAUGCUGGCGUGCCCUACAAAUUCACUAUUCCCGCAUUGCGGUCCUACUAAUAAUAAAUUGCCAUUUCUCUCAUAUCGGCUCGAAUAUUAUU